AUGGCAUCAAAUGAGAACUUAUCCUCGAAGGAGGGGAGCAUAGCUCCGUCUACGGCCUCGACUUCCACCAAGCAUUCGCUCACCGUGGCAAAGACAUUCAUCAUGCGAAAUAACCGACUUUACAUCAACCAACCUUCGCUAUUGUAUCCUUUACCAGUCGACUUAACAGAACUUCAUCGUCAAUCUUUGCGCACACUGAUGCUAUUACAGCUUUUCGGCGGUCCGACAACAGCACCCGAGUUUUCCAAUAAGCCCCCACAGCGUGUCCUCGAAGUAGGGUGUGGCUCUGCAUUCUGGAGUAUGAUGUGCCAUCGGUACUUUGCGCAGCAUGGCCACUCAUCCAUAUCCUUUACCGGCCUCGAUAUUGCGCCUCUAGUGGGGAUGGGCCUCGAUGGAGGUUGGAGACCAGACAAGGACAUGCGCUGGCGGUUCGUCCAACACGAUGUACGGCGGCGACCAUGGCCGUUUGUCGACAGCGAAUUCGACUUAAUUAUGGUCAAAGACAUGUCGCUCUCGCUUUCGACUUCCAUGCGCGACUCACAACAGCUCUUCGAAGAGUACUUGCGCAUACUGAAGCCAGGUGGCGUGAUUGAAUUUUGGGAGAGUGAUCAUGCCGUGCGUAUGCUAAGACCACAUGUUCUUAGGGCUCCGGUUGCGUCGAAGGCCGCCGACUCUGAUUCAGACUCGGACGAUAGUAGCGAGGAAGAAGAUGACGUAGAGAAAUUAGGAGCCUAUAUCAUGACGAACAACACCCCGCUCAGCGCGCCGCUAAACCCAUUCCUCGUCGAGUAUAAUGGCUGGGCAAUCAAAGGCUUAGAUGCGUUGGGUCUGUCAGCGGUUCCUUGUGCGCUGAUCGGCGCCUAUCUCUUACAGGAAGUGGAUACCCUUAUGGAAUUGCGAUCAAAGAGGAUAGCGGUACCGCUGAGCGAGAUUAGAUGGGAGCGCGAAGGUGUCGGUGGUGUAGUGACAAAGGACGGCAAGAGCUAUAUCGACUCGAUGAAAAGAAAGGGCAGGUUAAUCGAUUCUCGAGUUGAUAAGCGGAAGGGGCUGACAACUAGCCAAGCUGCUCUCAGACGAACCGCGCUAGAGACGAUGGUAGGGUUGAUACUCUGCCUCGAGCCGAUCAUCCGAGAAGUUAGCGGGAAGAGCCAAGACGAAUGGGACGGAUGGUGCGGAAAGAUGAUGAACGAUCUACUGCGCGAAGGCGGCACGAGUUGGGGAGAAUGUCUGGAAGUCGGAGCAUGGUGCGCCAGAAAGAAGCUAAAUCCGACAUCAUAA